GUGUGACCUUAUAAAGAAAAAAAAAACAUUUUGUCCCCACCUUGGCUCGAUUUUUCCUCGGUGCCUACCACCAGCAAGGGACAUAAAAAGUGGACUUCCUGAGGGAUUUGGCUGUACAGAACCACAGAAUUACUGAGGUUGGAAAAGACCUCUAAGGUCAUCAAGUCCAACUGUCACACCACGCACACUGAACUGCAUCUAACAAGUGCUACACCUCCAUGCUUCUCGAGCACCUUCCAGGGAUGGUGACCCUAACUCCUCCCUGGGCAGCCAGUUCCGACACAUCGCCACUCCUUCUGAGAAGUAUUUCCUAAUUCUUCCUUCAGCGGCACCUCUGUCCCUGUGCCGUCUGCUCGGGGCUUCCCCAGCGCCUGCAGCCCUCCGGGUUCCCCUUUAGGCUGCGUGGGGCAUCCCCCAUUUGAUGGGUCGCCGAUGGGGAUCAAGGUUUUAAAUACCAGAAAGCUCUGAUUUACGGCUUGCGUCGGACCCCUCACUCCUCAGUUCCUCAACAGCUUUCCAAUUCACGACGUCAUCUCGUGGAAAGAUCCGUGUUUCCACUUCAAAGCUCAGCGGCGGGGGCUCCACAACACACCCGGCGGCCGUCCUUCAGCUCCCGUCAGCCCCUCGCCCUUCUGGUCAGCGGCGGCGGAUAGCGCGGAGAGCAGAGAAACACCAUUAUCGGCCCGGCCUUGCAGAGGAACCUCCACGCCACCGGCGGGGUGAGGAGGCAACGGGACAGACCCCCGCCCGCUUCCGCCGUAUGGAGCCGGGGAGGGGGCCGAGUCACGGGGCGCUGCGGAAGAAUAUCGCACUUUGACAGUCCAAAACGGAGGAACCCCCCCGUCAUCGCAGUCGUUUCCCCGCUGCUCAGCGGGAGCCACGUGGGACGGAACGGCGGUGAUGGGCUGCGGGGCGGGCGGGAGGCGAGGGGUGAGAGGAGGCACGGCGGAACGGGACUAUUUGAGAAGACCCUGGCGGAGCUCGUGGUGAGCGGAGUGAUCCCGCCACCGGAGUGAGCGGCCCCGCGAGGCAGAAGAGGGCGGGGGGGCGCGUUCUCUGCGAGGAUAGCGCGCCUGCGUCGCUCUGCGUUUCCAGCUCUCCCCCCUCCCCUUCCCCUGCUCUCCCCCCGCGCUUCUCUUCGCCGUGCGCGGGGUGCGGCGGUGCCCUCUCACCCGCCUUAUCUCCAUCUCUCGUUCCUCGCGCCCGUCCCUGAAGAGUUCUCCCCUAGCCAUGGCCCAGAUCCUGCCUAUCCGCUUCCAGGAGCACUUUCAGCUCCAAAAUUUGGGCAUUAACCCAGCAAACAUUGGAUUCAGCACCCUAACAAUGGAAUCUGACAAGUACAUUUGCAUCAGGGAGAAAGUGGGCGAGCAGGCACAAGUAGUAAUAAUUGACAUGAGUGAUCCAACAUCACCUAUCAGACGUCCAAUUUCUGCUGAAAGUGCCAUCAUGAAUCCUGCCUCUAAAGUAAUUGCACUAAAAGCUGGAAAAACACUUCAGAUUUUUAACAUUGAAAUGAAAAGUAAAAUGAAAGCCCACGCUAUGGCGGAGGAGGUGAUCUUUUGGAAAUGGAUAUCUGUGAAUACAGUUGCCUUGGUGACAGAGACAGCAGUCUACCAUUGGAGCAUGGAGGGAGAAUCUCAGCCCCAAAAGAUGUUUGACAGGCAUGCUAGUCUUGCAGGCUGCCAAAUCAUCAAUUACAGAACUGAUGAACAUCAAAAAUGGCUGUUGCUGAUAGGAAUUUCAGCACAGCAAAAUCGCGUGGUUGGUGCAAUGCAGCUCUACUCUGUUGAUAGAAAAGUCUCCCAACCUAUAGAGGGCCAUGCAGCAGCUUUUGCGGAAUUCAAAAUAGAGGGAAAUGCCAAACCUUCCACCCUCUUUUGUUUUGCUGUGAGGAGUCCUGCAGGAGGCAAGCUUCACAUAAUUGAAGUGGGUCAACCAGCUACUGGAAAUCAGCCAUUUGUUAAGAAAGCUGUUGAUGUGUUUUUCCCACCUGAGGCACAGACAGACUUUCCUGUGGCAAUGCAGAUUGGAAUUAAGCACGGUGUUAUCUACCUGAUCACAAAGUAUGGAUAUAUUCACAUGUAUGACUUGGAGUCUGGAGUUUGCAUCUACAUGAACCGUAUUAGUGCCGACACUAUUUUUGUCACAGCUUCUUAUGAACCUACCUCAGGCAUUAUUGGUGUCAACAAAAAAGGACAGGUGCUUUCUGUAUGUGUUGAGGAAGACAACAUUGUGAACUAUGCUACAAAUGUUCUCCAGAAUCCUGACUUGGGUCUGCGUAUGGCUAUACGUAGUAAUCUUGCUGGUGCAGAGGAAUUAUUUGCCAGAAAGUUUAACACACUGUUUGCUCAAGGAAGCUAUGCGGAUGCUGCUAAAGUAGCUGCAUCUGCACCAAAGGGAAUUCUACGUACCAGUGAUACAAUCAGGAAGUUCCAGAGUGUACCAGCUCAGCCAGGGCAUGCCUCUCCACUGCUCCAGUACUUUGGAAUAUUACUUGACCAGGGACAGCUGAACAAGUUUGAGUCUCUGGAGCUCUGUCGCCCUGUUCUACAGCAAGGCCGCAAGCAACUUCUGGAGAAAUGGCUGAAGGAAGACAAGCUGGAGUGUUCGGAGGAGCUGGGAGACUUGGUGAAGACAGCUGACCCAACCCUUGCGCUCAGUGUCUAUCUUCGUGCUAAUGUGCCAAACAAAGUGAUUCAGUGCUUUGCUGAAACUGGUCAAUUCCAGAAAAUAGUACUGUAUGCUAAAAAGGUUGGCUAUACCCCAGACUGGAUCUUCUUGCUGAGAAGUGUGAUGAGAGUCAGUCCUGAGCAGGGCCUGCAGUUCUCUCAGAUGCUGGUACAGGAUGAGGAGCCACUGGCUAACAUUAACCAGAUUGUGGAUGUGUUCAUGGAGAACAGUCUUAUUCAGCAAUGCACGUCCUUUCUGUUGGAUGCUUUGAAAAAUAACCGCCCAGCAGAAGGUCACCUUCAGACUCGUCUCCUGGAAAUGAAUUUGAUUCAUGCCCCACAGGUUGCAGAUGCCAUCCUUGGAAACCAGAUGUUUACACACUAUGAUCGUGCUCAUAUUGCCCAGUUAUGUGAAAAGGCAGGCUUGCUCCAGCGAGCUUUGGAACACUACACUGAUCUCUAUGAUAUUAAACGUGCUGUUGUUCAUACUCAUCUCUUGAAUCCUGAGUGGCUUGUGAAUUUCUUUGGCUCUCUCUCUGUUGAAGACUCUGUAGAAUGCUUGCGUGCUAUGCUGUCAGCCAACAUUAGGCAAAACUUACAACUCUGUGUACAGGUUGCUUCUAAAUAUCAUGAGCAGCUUGGCACCCAGUCUCUUGUGGAGCUUUUUGAAUCUUUCAAAAGCUAUGAAGGACUGUUCUAUUUCUUGGGUUCCAUUGUAAACUUCAGCCAGGAUCCAGAUGUUCACUUCAAAUAUAUCCAGGCAGCUUGCAAAACUGGUCAGAUAAAGGAAGUAGAAAGAAUCUGCCGUGAAAGUAACUGCUAUAACCCAGAACGGGUGAAGAACUUUCUGAAGGAGGCAAAGCUAACAGACCAGCUUCCUCUGAUCAUUGUCUGUGAUCGAUUUGACUUUGUUCAUGACCUGGUGCUCUACUUAUAUCGCAAUAGCCUGCAGAAGUAUAUAGAGAUCUAUGUACAGAAGGUGAACCCCAGCCGCAUACCAGCAGUAGUUGGAGGACUUCUUGAUGUGGAUUGUUCUGAAGAUGUCAUUAAGAACUUGAUCAUGGUGGUUAGAGGCCAGUUCUCAACAGAUGAGCUGGUGGCUGAAGUGGAAAAAAGAAAUCGGCUUAAAUUGCUGUUGCCAUGGCUUGAAUCAAGGAUUCAUGAAGGCUGUGAAGAACCUGCAACUCAUAAUGCCUUGGCCAAAAUCUACAUUGACAGUAAUAAUAAUCCAGAGCGGUUCCUUCGUGAGAAUCCAUACUAUGACAGUCGUGUAGUUGGCAAAUACUGUGAAAAGAGAGACCCUCAUCUGGCCUGCGUUGCAUAUGAGAGGGGCCAGUGUGAUCUGGAACUCAUAAAGGUAUGCAAUGAGAACUCACUAUUUAAGAGUGAGGCUCGCUAUCUAGUACGCAGGAAGGACCCUGAACUCUGGGCAAAUGUUCUAGAAGAAAACAACCCAUUCCGGCGCCAGCUUAUUGACCAAGUUGUCCAAACAGCUUUAUCAGAGACACAGGAUCCAGAGGAGGUUUCUGUCACUGUGAAAGCUUUCAUGACUGCAGACCUUCCGAAUGAAUUAAUUGAGUUAUUGGAAAAAAUUGUCUUGGAUAAUUCUGUAUUCAGUGAACACAGGAAUCUCCAGAAUCUGCUGAUCCUGACUGCCAUUAAGGCUGACCGCACUCGUGUAAUGGAAUACAUUAAUCGACUGGAUAACUAUGAUGCUCCAGAUAUUGCGAACAUUGCCAUCAGUAAUGAGCUGUAUGAGGAAGCUUUUGCUAUAUUCAGAAAGUUUGAUGUUAAUACUUCAGCAGUUCAGGUGCUGAUUGAGCACAUUGGGAAUUUAGACCGUGCUUAUGAAUUUGCAGAGAGAUGUAAUGAGCCAGCAGUAUGGAGCCAGCUAGCCAGAGCACAGCUGCAGAAAGACUUGGUAAAAGAAGCCAUUGACUCCUAUAUAAAGGCAGAUGAUCCAUCUGCCUACAUGGAAGUUGUUCAAGCAGCUAAUAGAAACGAUAACUGGGAGGACCUAGUCAAGUUCUUGCAGAUGGCCAGGAAGAAGGCUAGAGAGUCUUAUGUAGAGACAGAACUUAUUUUUGCCUUUGCAAAAACUAAUCGUCUUUCAGAACUGGAGGAAUUUAUUAGCGGCCCUAAUAAUGCCCAUAUACAGCAGGUUGGUGAUCGUUGUUAUGAAGAGGAUAUGUAUGAAGCAGCAAAACUACUCUAUAACAAUGUUUCUAACUUUGCUCGCUUGGCAUCUACCUUGGUGCACCUUGGAGAGUACCAGGCAGCAGUGGACAGUGGCCGCAAAGCCAACAGCACAAGGACUUGGAAGGAGGUAUGUUUUGCCUGUGUGGAUGGAAGAGAAUUCCGCUUGGCACAGAUAUGUGGCUUGCAUAUAGUCAUCCAUGCUGAUGAACUUGAAGAGCUGAUUAGUUAUUAUCAGGAUCGUGGCUACUUUGAAGAACUGAUUGCCCUUCUGGAAGCUGCUUUGGGCCUAGAGCGUGCUCACAUGGGAAUGUUUACUGAACUCGCCAUCUUAUACUCCAAAUUUAAGCCCCAGAAAAUGAGGGAACAUCUGGAGCUCUUCUGGUCUAGAGUUAAUAUUCCAAAGGUGCUCAGAGCUGCAGAACAGGCUCAUCUCUGGGCAGAACUUGUAUUCCUCUAUGACAAAUACGAGGAGUAUGAUAAUGCAAUAAUUACUAUGAUGAAUCAUCCUACUGAUGCCUGGAAGGAAGGACAGUUUAAAGAUAUAAUUGCCAAGGUGGCGAAUGUGGAGCUGUAUUACAAAGCCUUGCAGUUCUACUUAGACUACAAACCUCUGCUGAUCAACGAUCUUCUGCUUGUAUUAUCUCCACGACUGGAUCACACCAGGACAGUCAAUUUUUUCUUGAAGGUUAAUCAGCUGCUUCUAGUAAAGCCUUAUUUGCGUUCAGUGCAGAACCACAAUAAUAAAGGAGUUAAUGAAGCUCUAAACAACCUUUUAACACAGGAGGAGGACUACCAGGGUUUGAGAACUUCCAUUGAUGCCUAUGACAACUUUGAUAACAUAGCUUUGGCUCAGCGUCUGGAAAAGCAUGAGCUCAUUGAAUUUAGGCGUAUUGCAGCAUACUUGUAUAAGGGUAACAACCGCUGGAAGCAGAGCGUGGAGCUAUGCAAGAAAGACCAUCUGUAUAAGGAUGCUAUGCAGUAUGCUGCAGAGUCCAAAGAUGUAGAACUAGCAGAAAAGCUGCUUCAGUGGUUCCUGGAAGAAGGCAAGCAGGAGUGUUUUGCAGCCUGCCUUUUCACAUGUUACGACUUGCUGCACCCAGAUGUAGUCCUUGAAUUGGCAUGGAGGCAUAAUAUCAUGGACUUCGCAAUGCCUUAUUUCAUCCAAGUGAUGAGAGAGUACCUCACCAAAGUUGAUGGGCUGUUCUAUAAGGUGACACUCUGAUUUCAAACGCUUUGUGUUCAUUUGCAUCUCUUAAUAUCCUAGGAUUCUCUUACAAGAAUCUAGCUGUAGCUUCUGCCAGAAGAGCAGUGUCAUUUAGCUCUAACUCAUUUUCUGUUCACUUUCUAAUGCUACAAAGAUGACUGUUCACAAGUAACUUGAAAAUCCAACCGGUCUCUGCUCUUUUUUUCACGGGAAAUGAAAGCAAGUGAUUGAGAACUUGACCACUGGGACUAAUGAUUAUUAUAUCACAAAUACCUUGUGGCAGGGAGGAUGACGUUCAUAAGAUGAAAGCAGUUAUCACAUAAUAUGAUGUGUUCUAAGUGCAAAUUGCUUGUUAAAAUAUAAAUUACUAGAGUUUGUAGCUUUCCAAGCACUGUGAGCUUGACUAGCAACCUAAAGCAUCAGUAAAAGUUUUUGUACAGAUCUUAAACUCCUCAUCCUCAUAUUCUACUGAAGAAAAACUUGCCACAGAAGUCCACUCGUAUUCUUCCAUAUAAGGUUUAGGUUAAGAUCAUGGUUUUCAAAUUGCUGGUUGGAUUUACAAGCGGUUACUUACUAAACACUGGAUAACUUGCCAGAAGGAAAAUGUGUGUGGUGAAAAUGGUUUACACUGGGACUAAUUUAGUCUGAAUUAACUACAGUCAUAGUACUAGAGAUUGGUUUUGAGUGUGGUAUGUCUAAUAUUUUGUAAUGUGUCUAACUUUAAAAGCCCAAAAGAAAUUGUUAAUCAGCGGAGUAUAUAUGUCUUCUGGAACUUACCGUUGGUUUAAUGCAUAAGAGAAAGAUGUGAAAGCAUAAGCUAGCCUGUGCCCCAGAAGGAACUAGGCACACACAGUAUGAUAGCAUUCAUUUGGAAACCUCUUGAAAAACUUCACUUUCAGGCAGCAAACCAGAAAGGUGUUUAGCCUCUGCUGAAGACCUGCUACAUUUGUCCCUUCUUCAAGGUGUCUGCUUUCAGUAUGCUUGCAGUUUUUUUCCAGCAGAGGGAGUAACUGAACUUUUGUUCCAAGCUCCUUAGUGCUUUUGGGGCUGUAAAGAGUCAAGACUAAUUCAGGAGUGGGAAUUAGUGGUCAUAAGUACAACAAUACACCUCAUUUGAAAAUGGUAUCUCUUGAUUACUUUGGCCCAUAUUAAUAGGGAUAGUAUUCAUAAUGCUAAUAUUUAAUGUCAUUCUAAAACACUGUUAGGUUGACAGCUGUAAGUUUGUGAUUUAACCCUGCAGAUGGCUGAGCACUACACAGUUGUUUGCUCACUCCCCCCACUCCCACUGGGAUGAAGGAGAAAGCAACUCCAAACCAACAACAAAGUAGAAUUAGUGCGUUAAAACUAUUUACUAAGAUAGGGAGAAGGAAUAUAGUUAUGAUUAUAUAUAUGUGUGUGUGUGUGUGUGUGUGUGUAUAUAUCAAGUGAUGCACAAGAAAUUGCUCACCACCCCCUGACUAAUGCCCUGAUAUCCCCUUGAGCAGCAGAAGAGUGCCAGAUGAACUCCCAUCCCCUUCAAAACUCUUGAUGUUAUAUGGUAUGGAAUAUCCCUUUGGCUGGUUUAAGUCAGCUGUCCUAAUCCUGUUCCCUCCGAGCUCCUUGGGCCUUUCACUGAAAAUGGCCUUGGCUCUAAACAGUCAACUGUAAACAUCAGUGUGUUUUCAACACUGUUUUUCUCCUAGAACCAAAACAUAGCAUCAUACCAGACACUCUGAAGAAAUCAAUUCCAUCCCAGCUGAAACUAAGACAAAGUUGAAUGAGUUAAAGACCUAUGGCUGCUUAAGUUUUUGAGGAGCAAGCUUCAAAAAUUCAGGGAACUGUUAAGAACUAGGUAACCUCUUUGAAGUAUAUUAGAAACCCCUUUUGCAGCACUUGUCAAGCUGGAUGUGAUUCUUUUAGUGGGAAAGGAGGCCGAGGAGCAGCUGAAAAAAAAAAAAAAAAA